AGAAAAUAAUAUACGCGUUUUAGAAAUGUCUUUGCCUUUUCAUAUUUUAUUAAUUUAAGACCAAGAAAUCAGAGUUUUAUUUUUGUGCUGGAACUCUGUAUGGAGUGUUGAAAAUGUCCAGAUACCACAAAACAGCCGGUUGGACUGAAAAAAAAAAACGCGUACAAAAUCCAUAAAUAUUUUACGCGAUAUAUUCAACUUGUAUGCGAAUAAAGGGCGACUUAAAUUUACUUUAGUUUAAUAGUAAGUGGAACAUUUCCAUGCUAAGACUGGGCCGCAGGGUUCGCAUGUAGAGUGAGAACAGCUUCCACACAGGCACAGGGAAGGAUUACUAUAGAAUGUUGGCGAACUAUCGCUGUGGAGGGGAAAAACACGUAGAGCUGAGUCUGCGCGACGCAGGGGAUCACUGCCUACGAAGUUUAUCGGGCAAGACUACACCGACAAAUCCUAGGACACGUUCGGCCGCACUGUAGCCAUAUGAUUCUUCAAGCCUUCUGAUGGAUGCUGCCUAGAAGCCCUGUUUGAUUUUGUUGUGGUUAGUUUCGAAGAGUGGAGGAGGAAGGAUGUCAGAAUUCAUGCCAUACCCUUACAGAGGGCCAGGAGGUGCUUUGAUGCGCUUUAAGAAAAGAAAGUCACGUUUCACAUUCCAGGAGGUUGAACUGCUGCUCAGUGAGGUGCAGAAUAAACGACACAUUCUAGUCGGAAAGUUCAACCGGGGCAUUUCGAAGGAUCUGAAAAACCGCACAUGGGCGGAUGUGACGGCACGUAUCAACGAGGUCAGUGAGUGUCACCGAGAAAUUAUUGAAGUCAUCAAGAAAUGGGCAGAUCUCAAAUGUGACACCAAGCGGAGGGUGGCCGCAAUGAGGGCAUCGGGAGCCACGGCCACCCAAAUCGCACAACAGCUCUCGCCUAUAGAAACCAUGGUGCACCAGAUCCUUCAAAUGUCUAACCCUAACAAAAACGUGAGCGAUUUGGAAAUUGAUGACCAAAUGGAUGAUGAAGACGAGGACUUUUCUGGUCUCUCGGAGAUCCCACACAGCUCCUCACACAUGGCAAAUGGCAGGCCUCAUUCGUUUAGUUUGCCAGUGCCACCUCCUUUUCACACUACUAUCCCUUGCAAAAGUGAUACAGAGCUUCCUGCUCACAUGAUGUUCAGCAAUUCACCAGUGCCUCUAUCAGAUGUCCAGACUGACACACCAGGAAAGGAAGGCAGAAACAUGCAGUUUAUUCACCCAAGAAGCCAAGCAAACCAGAAUCCAGUUGGUAUUCCAGUAUUCCUGAGCCGUCCUAUUGCUGAGAAGAGCCAAGUUCGAGAGAGACCUAAUCACAACACAUUUAAUGGCCCCUCAUCUGCCAGUAUCCCAACAUUUAUUGCACCUUCUACGGCUGCCUCAUCAUCACCACGUUCAGCUCCUGCUCGGCUCCCUCCCCAACCUGCUCAUGUGGAGCCUCGCAGUCUGCAGGAACAUUUAUCCCAGAGUGCCUCGCUCAGCCUGCAGGAACAGCAGGCCACCACACUGCUGAUAGGGUCGCUGUCUCACUCACUGGAGUCGCUCACGAAGUCUGUGCAGAGAUUGGUCCACACCCAGCAGCAGUUUUCACGUGACACCUUACAGCUGCAGCGUGACACGCUCCACGUCCUGCGUGACUUCUCCACCAACGCCUUGACUCUCCUGCAGGACAAGGUCAACGGACAUCCAUAGCUCCUGAACAUGGCAAUGUUACUGAAAGUUACAUUUGGGAGCAAGUUACAAAAAAACAGUGAAUGCUGAUAACAAAGAAAAAACAAUAAGCUUGAUAGCUGGAUAUAUUGACACUAGAGUAUAUGGCAAUCUUUAAAUAUCUAAAUCGCUAAAGAUUUCCCUGUUUAUAACAUAAUAACCAAAAUAGGAUCUUUGUAGAGUUAUCGACUGAAUAUUUUCAGUAGACGGCUGGGUGUCAUAGACUGUUUGGACCAAUCAUGUGCUAUUAUACAGGUAAUUUAAAUGGGCAAAAAUGUAUUUAAAAAUUGACUGCUAAUUUAAGAUAAUUAUAUUUGUGGUGCUCUUUAACAUAUUGCAAUGUGGCUAUUAAAUUGGCCGUUUUUAAUUUAUGUAAUCUUAUUUUUAUUUUACUUUUCUUUAUUUAGCUUUGCUAUUCUGAUGGUUCACCUUGCUUUUAAAUCAGUUUCUGGCUCAAGCAUUGCUUAACAGACCUGCUGUUCAUGUUUGUGAUCUUUUAGCUGUUUUUAGUUGUUUAUCUUAACUUCAACUUCCAAAGACUCAUUGUUGUGUUUUAUUUUAACUCUAGAUGUGAUUUUAAAUUCUGACUGAAGGCACAUUAUCUUAGCUGUAGCUCCUACGGAUCUGUGGUUGUUCUCCCAGAAAUGAAAAGUCAGCACACUGUUAAAAAAAAAAAAAAAGUCUCCUACUUUAAAACCCAAAUGUAAAGGAUGAAAAUAAAACAUAUAAUUUGAAAUAAUACAGAUUUUUCUCCCUUCAGAUCAAAGGAAUAGUUCACCCAGAAAUGGGUGCUGACCAUUUUCUCACCCUCAGUCUGUCCAAGAUGUAGAUGAGUUUGUUUGUUCAUUGGAACAGAUUUGGAGAAAUUUAGCAUUAGAUCACUUGCUCACCAGUGGAUCGUCUGCAGUGAAUGGGUGCCGUCAGAAUGAGAGUCCAAACAGCUGAUAAAAACAUCACAAUAAUCUACAGGUCUUGUGAAGUAAACUUCUGUAAUCUUUUAAGUGUGUGGCAUCACAUGUCUGGCAUGAUUAUCACAUUAUCUGUCCGUUCUGUAGCACAGCAAUCAUGGAAGUUAUAAAAAGAGAAAGUUUUAUAUAAUUGUUUGUCAACAGAUGAGAAAAAAAGAUUUGAGGUUGCCUAUGUGAUUAUGACAGUUUAUUCUUGAAUUUGCACUCUCAUCACUGAUCUCUCACUAAAUGAAUACAAAAAAUCUCCA